UCUCUUUUCCUCCCAUCCACAGACUCUCACCCUCCCACCACUUGUUUCCUGCUUAGUGUACACAGCCGAAGGUAAUACAAGGCCUUAUAAGCCUUUUUUCUAUCAAAAUUGUCCUCUUGCAUCAACUAAAUCCUGCAGCUUCCUUCUCUUCCAGCAACCAUGCUUCGACUGACUACAGGGCGUGUGGGAAGCCUUCUGGCCAGACGUGCCACAGCAGCCUUCACCACCAGCAGCGUGAGGAUGGCGAGCCACGGGCAUGAGGUGGCAGAUGUGGUCGACAUGUCUCAGCCGUUGUAUUGGGACCGCCGUGACAUCCCUCUACCUGACAGACGCUACAAAGACGUCCUGAGUGCCACUGACCAGAGCCUGAAACAGAAGGAGAAAGGACCGUGGGGUCAGCUGACCAAAGAGGAAAAGAUCGCCUUGUAUCGCUUGAGCUUCUGUCAGACCUUCCCUGAGAUGAAUAAAAAAACAGACGAGUGGAAGUCCGUCCUCGGGGGAAUCUUCUUCUUUCUGGGCUUUACUGGCCUGGUGGUCUGGUGGCAGAGAGUCUAUGUCUAUCCAGAGCGCCCCAUUACCUUCGGUGAUGAGUGGCAGGCCAAACAGGUCAAAAGGAUGCUGGAUAUGCGGAUUAACCCCGUCGAGGGUUUUUCAGCCAAAUGGGACUAUGAGAAGGGCCAAUGGAAGUGAAGAGAUGACUGCACCGUGGCUGAGAUGGCACAAAGUACGGAUAUGCUACCUCUGAGCAUGGAUUUGUUCCACUUUAUAAAGCUAAUGUUAAAGCCAGUUUGAAUUUGAAUGUUGCGUUACAGCUGUGAAAACCACUAAAAAUGGAGCUCAUUCACUGUCAGCAUCUGAGGUACAUUUACUCUGUGCCACCUGCAGCCUCAACUACUGCAGCCUUCUGUCAUGGUAAAAACUGUCUGUACCCUAUUAAAUAAAAAUUUAAUGCCUGA